GGACCUUCAACUUUGGACCUUCCCCUUCUCGCAGCGACUUUGGCAGCCUGCAUUUCGACGUGAUCUCGAUCGAUUCAUCUGUCGGAUUACCCGAGUAACGCAUCUUUCAUGACCGACGCCUGCCCGCUGAUUUAUCUCUCCCCCACCAUUGAACUGGCUCCCACCGGAGCUCAGGAGAAUUCAGGAUGGGUCCGCCUCCAGUGAGCAAGCGACAACAAACGCUGCCCCCGGCGCAGACAUCCUCUGCGCGCGAGGCACAGCAGUCAUUCUACUGCGAAAUCUGCCACAAGGGCUAUAGUCGCUCCAAUGAAUACGAAGCUCACUUAGGAAGCUAUGACCACAACCACAAGCAGCGGCUCAAGGAGAUGAAAGCCAUGGUGCGCGACCCAAACGCCACCGCACGCGCCCGACGUCAAGAGCAGAAGGCCGAUGGCGUAAUCACUAUUAAACUUGGAGACGCAGCCGCCGCAUCGUCUGCUGGUACUGGGUCUGGAGGAUUCAAGAGGAGCGGAUUCAAAACGACAAACUUCACAACGUCGGUCCUCGCCCCUGCCGACGGCGAUGCACAGGCUGCCAGUGCUAAGCAGAGCGCACCCGGCAAGGAGGAAGAGGUGGGGAAGAAGGUUGGUUUCGCGCCGAAGGGCGAAUCAUUCGAGAGCGACACGGAGGAUGAGGGGUACGAGGUGUACGAUCCGAGAUUCCCGACGGACUAAGUCCCCGGAACAAACACCGGCCAAGCUACCAAACCACCCCCAUGCAAUGUACCGUAUCUAUGACUGCCCAGAGCCCGGAAAUAUCUUCCUCCACCAACCCUAGAAUAAUACGAUUUCCCAGGAACCAGUUGCCCAACUGCUGUGAAGCAAUAUUCGGACCCAUGUCUGAAUGCGUCUGUUCGAACUGGGCCCCGGCUUGUGCCGAAAGAUCCAUGGAAGGCAUGAAACCGAGCU